AUGAUAAAGAACGAAUUAGAUUACUUAAAAUAUAUCAUUUGUGAUAUAUUUGGAUCUUGUUGUAGCGACAUCGUUGAGAUAAUUCUUCUUUAUGGGAAUAAGUUGAGCAUAUACGAGUUAAUAAAUUUAUCUUCUUACGAGUUUAAUGUAGUAAGAAACGUUUUAUUGUGUUUACUUAUUCACAACAUUGUGGAUGUAAAUAUAAUUUAUAGUAAAUCGAUUGAAUGUCAUCAUUUGUCUCCAGAAGAAACUAGAGGCGUUGUAAAUAUGGAUGAUAAUAACAAAACAUAUAAUGAUAAUAAUAAAACAUAUCAUGAUAAUAAUAAUAAUAAUAAUAAAACAUAUCAUGAUAAUAAUAAUAAUAAUAAAACAUAUCAUAAUAAUCACAACAAAAUGACGUACCUUUUUAAAGUUGGAAAAAAUAAAAAAAAAAAUAUUUGUUCACAUUAUAAACAUAAUGAAGAAAUAAAAACCAUUCCAGAUAUGCAGAACGAAGAAAUGCAAUCAUUCAAUUUUUUGUGUAAUAGUAAGAAUUAUGAAUAUAUGAAAAGAUGUAAAUGUGAUUCAUGUAUAUGCAAAAUUAGAAGAGUAGAAUAUUUUGUUAUCAUAAAAAAUAUAUAUAUUCUUGUUAGAUAUCCUUCUAUACUUUAUUAUAUACAUCCUACAUGUAUUAUAAAAGACAAAAAAAGUAUAUCAUCUACAAAUAAUUUAUCUACAAUCUCUUCUGAUAUGCAUGUUGAUAUGAAUAACUACAAUUUUUUUAAUUCUGAAAUGAUAGAUGAAUUUGAAAGUAUAACCAAUUCAUAUGAUGACAAUAAUUCCAACAUAAUGAAAAAUAAUAAUAUGCAAAGAGAUAAAAAUAAGAGUGUACACAAUAAUAAUCAUAUUAAUCAUAAUAAACAUAAUGAUAAUAAUAAUAAUAAUAAUAAUAGUGAUAAUAAUAAUAGUGAUAAUUAUAAUAAUAAUAGUGAUAAUUAUAAUGAUAAUUAUAAUUAUUAUUAUUUAUAUAACACGAACCAAGACAAAGAUGAUCCACUUUUUCUUAAUUCCACAGGACAUGCCCAAAAAAAAGAAACUUUUCAAUUCAUUAAAAAAAUUAUUCUCAUAAGAAUUAUAAAAAAUGGUAGGAUGACUAUAAAUAAGUGCAUAGAAAAUUUAAAUAAUGAUGACUAUGCGGAGGUUUGUAAAAAAGAUGUUCCUGAGAUAAAUAAAAAUUAUUUGAGAUUCUUAUUUUUAGAAUUAUUAAGAAAAAGAUUUAUAAAGAAAUGUAAAUAUUUUAACGAGCAUGACUGUGAAAAUGAUAAACGACAACAAUAUGAUGUGUUUAAAAAUGAUAAUUACAAAAAAAUAUAUACAAAUAAUAUAAUAACUGAGAGGUCUAAUGAUAUUCAGAUGGAACAAAAUGCCCACAUAGAUGAAACAUCCAUGUUAUUACAUAACCACACAAAUAAUAAUAAUAAUAAUAAUAAUAAUAAUAAUAAUAAUAAUAAUAAUAAUAAUAAUCAUGAUAAUUAUUAUAAUUGUAAUUAUUUGAAUGAUAUAAACCGUGAGGUCCAAACAGAUAAUUACCCAUUCAAUCAUAUGAACCCAAAUGAAGAUCCACAUAAUAUGAAAAAGAAAUAUAAUAAAAAUAGUAUAAGUAACAAAAAAAAAAAACAUAUUGAAAAAGAUGAAAUUUGUCAUAAUACAGAUAUUUUAAAAAAUAAUUUGAAAAGAAGAAAAGUCGAUGAUGAUAUUAUUAUUAUAACAGAACAAGAAAAUUAUAUACCCAAUAAUAUUACUACACAACAUAAAAGAAAAGAACUUAAAGCACUAUUAUAUAAUGAUGAUAGUAGUAAUAUAAAAACAAAUAAAUCUAUAAAAACAUAUAACGAAUAUAAUAUAAAUGGAAUAUAUAAAAAUAAUGAUAAUCUAUUAAAAUUUAUAGAUAAUAAGUAUACCUAUUUUCAAGUUGAUACUGAUACACUAUCAAUUAUAUAUCUCAAACAAGAAUGCUUUAAUUUUAUUAGUCAUUUUUUUAAUUUGAAUGAAGUAUCUAAAUGUAUAUUUUUUGUUUUAUUAUAUAAUGUCAAAUUUGUUUAUUCUCAAGAACAAAAUUAUUAUAAAGAUACAUCAUUAUUUUUAUCUUUUGAAUAUAUAGAGAAAUGUGUAAUAAAUAAAUUAAAAAGAAAUAAAAAUAUAUUUGUUGAUAAACAUGUUGUAUUACAAAAUUUAAAUUCAUUAAUAAAAUUACCUGACCAAUUAAUACAAAUUAAAUGUAAUCAAGUUAUAACAUAUGCAGCAGAUUUUUUUAAUAUAAAAAAUAUUUAUAAAAAAAAAAUUAUAUCAAAUGUUCUAGAAAAUAUGACAGGUCUUGAAGCUUUAAGAAUAUGGAAAUAUCUACUCACAAAUUCUGAAGAGAAAAUGAAUGAUGAAUUAAUAAGUGAAAAUGUUCUAAUACCUUUAAAUGAUGUCAGAAAAAAAUUAUAUCACUUAUUAUAUCAUGGUUAUAUCAAAGCACAUGAAUAUAAUAAUUCAAAUAAUAAUAAAACAUAUAUAAAACAUUCAUUAUCAUUCUCAACUGAUUUUUUUUUUACAAGUAAUAAAGUUAAAGAAAAUCUAUAUACUAUAGCAAAAAAUAUUUAUAUUCGAAAGUUUCUAGAAAAUAAUGAAAUCAAUACACUACAUAAUAAAUCAAAUAUAUGUAUGAAUGAAACACAAAAUCAUAAUAAAAAAAAAAAAAUUACUUUAACCUCAAAGGAGUAUGCAGUGGAUUAUUUGGAAAUGGCUUUAAUAAACAUGGACAAGCUUAUAUUUAUAUUCUCAUCAUAA